AACAAGAACACUUCGUGCGCAUAAAACACUCGGCGGGCUGCAGUACAGUGAGUUUGUUUGUGGAGGCAUUUUGACUCACAAAGUGCUGCGUUUGUAAAAUUGCUACCAGAACCGAUAAGGAACCGAACGCUCAAAUAAUGGCGCGUUACCUUCUUCGUGCGCUGGUUUUAAUGGUGAUGGUUUUUCGCUGGUCCAAUGCCGGUUUGCUGGAUUGGUUCCGAGGCGACGAUUCGGACGAACAGCAGUGGGGCCACAAGGUAGGCAAGAUUUAUAUCGAAGUCCUCGCACCGAAAGGCAUUCGCCUGUGGACAGCGUACAAUCCGGACACUGAGCUGCUGGGUGUGGAGCUGUACGUGAAGUACUACGGUGGCCGUACGGAGGCUCUCGACUGUGCCCUGUGCCAAAACGCUACCGAUCCGGUGGAUGGGAAGUUUAUGCUAGAAGAUCCCAACUUAGUGGCUCGCUUUGGGGAUGUUCUUCAGUACUCCAUCAUCACUUUCAACGGGACCACCACGAAGCGACACCCGGCAAGGCGAAUGUUUGUACGAGAGGAGCUUAUCAAACCGAACGAUCGGUGCGCCUGCCCAGGACGAGAGCGUCCCGUACUUCUUCGAGAUGCACCGAUGACUGAGGUGGACCUUCUCGAGCGGAUGAUACUGCGCGCACUGAGCAAUCGGAGCGCUGUCUGUGAGGCGAUCUCUAACUGGCUCGUACUGCGAGCGGAACCACGCAACGAGCAGGCCGAUUUGCUCGAGUACGUGCGCACCUAUCUCGAUCUGUUGCUGUUGAGAGCGAAAUGGCGCACGCUGGAUGCCGGUGGCAGUGGUUGGACGAAUGGACGACCAUCGGAAUUGGUCGUCGAGGUGGAAGAUCAUGUGGAUGGGAUUGCGUUCCAGGUGCGUUCCACCAUCGAGAAGCUAAAAAUGCUGGAACUUAUGAGGUUCAGUGGGGUAAUAGUGGACUAUGAUGGGGUUUUGUAAGCGUUUUAGAUGUGGUGUUUGAUAGUCUAGUGAGUAAUGGGGGAAUUCUAGUAUAGGUUUAGCAAAUCCUCGAAAUUACUAUAAAUAAAAUGUUUACAGUACUAUGCUA